AUGAACACCGGACGUCAUCCCGAGGUCCGCGUCCCUCCAGAACCACAUGCAUCGAAUAUCGCCAAGCUCGCACUCUACAUGCCGAGCAAGCUCUCCAUUCUAGUGUUCGUCGCCUCGCCGCUCGACGACGCGCGGUACCGGCACACGGCGCUGUACUUCGAGUUCGACGCACAGGCACAGGCACCCAGCACCGGGUUCAAUAUCAAUGCCGGCACAGACGGAAGUGCGGGCGAGAUCAGGUCCUCGAUGAUGGAGGUGGUCGGGUCCACUGGGUUCUUCAGCUUCUCGGAGCGCGUGAAUGCGGCGCUACCUGUUGAAGCUACCGGUCUUGCGCGUGCAAUAUUCGUGUCUUGUAUACCGGACACGGUGCCGGUGUCAUCGCUGCGGGCGACGGUGUCAGGGACGCCGAUCGCAGAUGGCGAGGGUGACUGGAAUAGUCAGAAUUGGGUUGGCGAUGCGCUGGGGCGACUCGUUACGGCGGGCUACUUAGAGGGCGAGGCGCGGGAUCAAGGACUGGAGGAGAUGGUGAAUGCUGUGUUGGAGGCCACGGAUGAGGCAAUUGCAUAG